AUGUCAGGUAUGGUAAAUUUGCUAGCCAGGCAAAAGGAUUUGGCUGCGGGAAUUGGCACGCUUGACCAUCCUGCAAAGUAUCUGAAUCAAGACUAUUACGUGCUAAAUAAAAAUUGCCUUCAGGCAGGAACACUGUUUGUAGAUAAUACAUUUCCUGGUGAGCCAAGCUCUCUUGGCUUUAAUGAAUUGGGACCUGAAUCACCCAAAACCCAGGGUGUGGUUUGGAAAAGGCCAGGGGAGAUAUGUGCCAAUCCCCAGUUUACUAGCGGAGGUAUGAGCAGCACAGAUGCCUGCCAAGGAGCCUUGCCUGACUGCUGGCUGCUGGCUGCCAUAGCAUCAAUGACCACUGAUAAGAACGUCCUACUACAUGUUGUUCCUGAUGGACAAAGCUUUCAGGCCAACUAUGCAGGGGUAUUUCACUUCAAGCUCUGGCAGUUUGGACAGUGGGUCGACGUGGUCAUUGACGAUCAACUGCCCACAGUGAAAGGACAGCUGCUGUUUGAACAUUCACCUGGCCAAAAUAUAUUUUGGAGUGCCCUGCUUGAGAAGGCUUAUGCAAAGGUGAACGGCUGCUAUGAGUGUCUGGGUGGAGGCUCUCUUACUGAAGCCUUUGAGGAUUUCACAGGUGGCAUCUCAGAAGAUUAUAGUCUGAAUGAUGCACCCCAAAAUCUUUUUCAGAUCAUUUGCAAGGCUUUUAAUGCUGGCUCCCUGCUUGGAUCCUUUAUUGAUUUCUCCAGCCCAGAUGAUAAUGAAGAAAAAACUCCUCAGAAUCUGAUCAAGAGGCAUGGAUAUUCCAUCCUUGCUGCUGAGGAGAUAAACUAUAAGAAUGGAAAAGAACAACUACUCCGCAUCAGAAACCCCUGGGGCCAAGUGGAGUGGAAUGGAGCCUGGAGUGACAAUGCCCCUGAAUGGAAUGACGUUUCCCCAGAUGUACAGUCAAGACUGGACUACAAAGCAGAAGAUGGGGAAUUUUGGAUGUCAUUUUCAGAUUAUAUGAAAAACUAUACAAGGCUGGAGAUCUGCAAUCUUUCACCUGACACCCAAGCCAGUGGUGCUGUCCAUCAAUGGACCACAGCUCAGUUUGAAGGCAUCUGGAGGAUAGGCUCCACUGCAGGAGGUUGCAGAGACUAUCCAGACACAUUCUGCAUGAAUCCCCAGUUUUAUUUCAAGCUGCUAGAAGAAGAUGAUGAGACAAAUGGCCCUGUGAGUGGUUGCAGCUUUGUAGUCGGGCUGAUGCAGAAAAAUGCCAGAAGAAACUUAAUUCUUGACCAGGAUUUCAAUACGAUUGGUUUUGCAAUUUUUCAGGUUCCUGAUGAGUACAAAGGCCUUAAAGAAAUAAACUUGGGACCUGAUGUCCUCCUAAACCAAGACCCCAUUGCCAACAGCAGUACAUUCGUCGAUGACCGAGAGGAGUGUGACCGGUUUACUCUCCCUCCGGGAGAUUAUGUCAUCAUACCAUCUACACAAGAGCCAAACAAGAAUGGCAACUUCAUUCUGCGAUUCUUUUUUGAGAAGCAGGCUGUUGCAAGUCGUAUGGAACAACCCAUCAAUGCUGAAAUCUAUGAGCCUAAAAUAACAGCAAGUCUGAUUGGUUCCCAUUCCGGACAGCUAGGAGUGAGCGAAGACUCUCCAAUAUCUGCAUUCAAACUCCUUCAGCUUUUGAACAAACAGAUUGAACAACGAAAUGACAUCAAGUGUAGUGGCUUCAGGAUAGACAUUUGUCGAAACAUGAUCAGUCUUCUGGAUGCUUCAUGGGUAGUUAUUUCUGUCACUGUCAGUUUUUACUAUUAUGAUAUUUAUGGCUGGCAUAGCAGCACAUUAGUUUUUGCUACAGACUGUCAGCUCCAGAGUACUCCGAUCAAAUCACGCUCUUUGAGGAGUGUUUGUGCGUUUUCCUUGUCUAUUUACUACAUCUUCUUUACAAUUUCCUACGAACUGCAGAUUACAUUAAUUGAUGAAGCCAAGCUGGCCUGGUAUGACCCGAGGAUCCAGGUGACAAGUGAUGUACUUCAUGCUAUUGUGCUAAAUUUUACUGAAGAAAGCUUAACUCUUAAUGCUGACCGUUUUGUGGGAUGUCUUUUCCGCCUGGAGCUGCUUUUCAAGAUCUUUACAACUGUUGAUAAAGAUAAAAGUGGAACAGUUGAGAUGUCUUUGGGGCAGUCAUUAAAUGGGACAUACUGCAAAAACACAGGACAUCUUAAGGUUAGUUGUGUGACUCGACAGUGCAAAAGCAACGACGAUGUUGGCACUCGACGGCUUGUUUUUUGA